AAAAGAAAACCCGCCACCAACAUUCUUGGCGCGUCCAGAAAGGCCAAAAUCCACUGACCAAAAAAUUAUAAUAAAAAAACCGAAAUUUCUGGUAAAUUGUCUAGAAUCUUCUAGAAGCCAAUGGCUGAGACCACCAGCACCGAGAAAUCCAUUGGCACAGUUAAAUGGUUCAGUGCCCGAAGAGGUUUCGGUUUCAUAACCCCCGAUGACGGCGGCGAUGAUCUUUUCGUCCAUCAAACUUCUAUUCUUUCCCAAGGCUUUCGCACCCUCUCUGAUGACCAGCCUGUUGAAUUCUCCCUCGAUUUAGGCGAAGAUAGUCGUGCUAAGGCCGUCGAUGUGACUCCUCUUUCCCGAUCUCGCCGGGGUAGUGUAAGAGGUAGAGGUGGUAGGGGCGGUUACAGGAGAGGCGGUUAUGGUGGUGGUGGUGCGUGUUAUAAUUGUGGGAAGACGGGGCAUUUAGCGAGGGAUUGUUAUCAAGAUGGUGGUGGGAGCACGAUAUACAGUGGUGGCCGUGGAGAUGAUGAUGGAAGUAAAAGAUACGGCCGCGGCGGUGGUGGAAGUGGUCGGGGAGAAGGACGAGCUGGAGGACAAUGUUUUAGUUGUGGAGAAGAAGGUCAUCUUGCAAGGGAUUGCUCUAAAUAAAUUAUUCAAAAAAAAUGGAAGAUUCCUAUGGCUAGGAAUAUUGUGGCGUUGAUGCAAAUGGGGUUUAUCAGCAAAAGAAGAAGAAAUCGGAAAGUUCACUAUUUUCCGAUUAGAUUCCUCUGUUACUACUUGUUUGAGCGCCGAUGAAUUCAGUUUUGCUGACCAUGUAACUGAACCAUUUAAAGUAGGAAAGAAAUACUGAGAGGACAUAAUCUGAUGAGUUGCUGACUUCACACAGUAUGUAUUCAAUUAAUGUGUGUGUAUAAUUACAUGCACACACUGGCACAUAAACAUAUUGAAGAUAGGACUACCAGUAAUAGUAUUUGCCAUGACAUGGUACAUGACGAAUUAUUGUCAUAGCCUUAUGCUGCAACUUGAGGAUUUGGUAUCCUUUUCUUUAUAAUCACUUUUUCCUCUUCACAUUUUGAAUACUAACCAUCGGUUGAAUAUUCUCUGAAUCGAAGUGGUUGCUUUGAAUAACAACAGUCUAGAGAAUGUUACAGUAGGGCAGAAUGCAUAAUCUAUGCGCUCUCCGAUGCCAUGAUUUGUGUCCUGAGGUCUUUGUUUCAAUCAUGUUAUGCUAAGAUUAAAAUUGAGAUUGUUUAAUCAGAAUUGCAGGACCUAAUGUGUGUAUGUGAGACAUGAAAUGAAACAUCCUAUUGGGAAUUACACGUCAAAAGCUUAAAGUUUCUUGAGAGUUCGAACACAGGCAGUCCAAUGGUGUUUGUACAUAAGUUAUUCAAGGGCCAUGGCACAGGCACGAGACAUAUUGCGUAUAUGAGUUGAAACCCAAAUUGGCACUAGUUUGCUGUUGAUUAUGUCAAUGCAAUAGCAACAAGUUGUCAGUUGAGGUGAUAGCAGCCUUGCCCCAACAAAGGUGAGAACACAAAUCUGAACCCGGAAAACACAAAUUUGGGUUUACACCAAAAAGACCAUGUGAAAGCAGUUUUGGGAUCUAGAAAUAACUGUUUUUGUUAUUUCUAUAACCAGACUGCAGCUAUAUAAGUGGACCAUAGGCAAUCAAUUGGCAAAUAUUAGUUAAUAUGGAGAAAACGACUAUGCGGCCUUCCCCUUCAGUCUACCUUCUACCUGUUUUCCACUAGAGGAAUUUAGAUUAGCCCCUACAAAGCAGUAGGACAAAGACCCAUCAUGAAGAAGCACAACAUAGUUUUAUUUCAGUGUAGAAAGAAACUUCUCCAUGACUGGACCCAAUACUAUGACUCGCUGAGCCAUUGACAUUGCCAUUCUACGAGUAGUCACCUUUUCUUUUUUGGGGGGACUGAUCUGAUGACCCCUUUCGGCUUUGGAUUCAGUGUACAUAAAAACUAAGUCAAAACAACAGCAUGAGUCAAUUUAGGAUUCUUAAAUGAAGGGUAAAGUUCUCCAAUUUUGCAUUCCUCACUCAAUAAACUUGAAUUCUGAACUCUUUUACCACUCGAUCAAA